CUGGCACUGGGGGGCCCCGGCGCCCCCGGACCGAGGGGCCCGGAAGUCCUCUGCCGAGGGACCAGGAAGGGCCGGAGCGACUCCGGACUGAGAGGCCCUGACAUCUAGGACCCCGGGGAGGGGUCUGGGGAUCCUGGGGGUAUCCCUAAAGGCGGGAUCCGGGGAGCACCAGGCCCUUCGAUGAGGAGCUGGGGAUGAGGCCUGGGUCGCGCUCGGGCUAGGGGGUAGUGGUGAAAGGAGGGGGCGGCGAAGAGUGAAGGAAGCCCGCUGCCUGCCCUGGAGGACCUCUCGGAGCCUUGGGGUUGGCAGCCAGGGCAGAGAGUGGGUUCUGCUGAGGAAAAGAGUGUCCAGGCUUCACCCGGGGGCGCCUAGAGGCCUCGGCCAUUCAACCCAGGGGAAAAGAGGCAGGUGCUUCCCUGAAGGCACAGUGACAGGUCCAGUAAGCAGGGGACAAGGAAGAAGAGCUCCAAGGGAAAUUGAGCAGGCCUCUACCUUCCCCUAGAUGAGGGGGCGGUAGGAAGACACCUCAGAGCCUCCAGAGGAAGGAAUGAGAAGGGUCCAGAUCUGUGAGGGAAUAAAAGAGUUUGUAGUACCUCAUAUAGGUAGAGAGCAAGGUGAUGUGGCCUGUUGCCGGAUGGGGAAACCUGAGUUUUUGAGGGCCGGAGAGAUGAUUGUUGGGAAGAAGGCUAGCAUAUCCCUGCUUUCUAAAAUGACGGGGGAAUUGGCCUGGUGUUUCCUAAUUGAGGGGCAGGAGAGGUGAGAGCAGACUCUUGAGGGUCCUGGUGUGUGAUCCAUCCGGACUAAGACACGUCAAGUCUUGAUCAUGGGAAGCUUUGGCUGUCUAAGGAGGAGGAGGAGGCAUUCUCUCAAGAUGAGAGAAAUUCAAAAACAGUUCCUAACAGACACAAACAGGGGCCUUAACUCUUGUUUAUUUAGGAGAACCAAGAAGUGGCAUUUUCCUCCUUAACCUGGAGGAUUAAGGAAAGAGAGGAUCAGCUAAUUUUAGUCUUCACAGGAUUCUUUUCUCUCUCUUUGCUUAUGGAGCGUUUGGGGAACUUUUUCAUUAAAUUGUUGGACCUAAUUUGUCAGCCUUUUAUCAAUUAUGUGUAUUUAUUGUCUACUGACUUGACUUUUUUCAUUAGUUACCUGUUAGUUGCUUACUCGUGUUUACAGCAAACAUAUUGAAUAGCCAACUUGUACUCAGCUUCAUGGGGUUAGUUUGGGCUGUGUUCUUGUCCUAAGAAGAAAUCUCCGCAACUGUAGUAGGUUGACCCUUCAAAAAACCCUUUUUGCAAUUGCUUCUCCAAACACCUUCAGAGUAGUCACUAUUAAGUGAUUCAUCUGAAACUUCAUUUGCUCCGGCUUUUUACCUCAGUGGUCCUGUGUAGUGAUCUGUUGGCUUCCUUACAUCUGGUAGCGCCCUGGAUCACCUACGGAGUUACCAUGAAACAGAAUAAAGAAGGAAAAAAAAGGAGUUUUGACCUCAUGUAAUAAUAAAAUUUUUAAGUUGGAAAUUUCUUAGAAUAGGCUACAUAGUCUACCACAAUUAAAGUAUGAAACAAAUACAUUUUGGAGUUAGAAAAUUUCAGGAUAUAUGGUAUUUCUAUGACUCCCUCUCAGCUACCAACUGUCAUGUUCCUAUGAUCAUGUGACACUUGUGCUUACAUCUUGCCAUGUUUUUUAAACUUUUCAGACCACAAAAAUGAAUUUAAUCCGGAGUAGUUCAGCUAUCAUUGAUUUAAUAUUUUGAUAGUUUACGUGAAUAGUCAUGUAGUUAAUUUCAAGGUGUCUGUCUUGUCUUUGAAAAUAACUACAAAUAAUUCUUCCUUUUCUCAGAAGUUUGACAUAUUUCCCUUAUGUGUGUUCUCCUAGAAUUACAGAGUGUUGUAUGAUUCCACAAUGAAUACUCCAAGGUCCCAUCCAUGAAAUACCCAAAGGAGCAACUUACUCAUCUUCCCUUAGUUUUUGUUGCUAUCAACAGGAGCCACUUUUCAAUUUACACUCAGCUCAAAGAAAUGACCUUCCAAUUAGCCAGUGUAGUCUGUAGAGGUGGUUAGGGUUUCUUGCUCGAAAUAUGGUAUUUAGGGUAGUAAGAGAUAUUCAACCCAAACUUGCUUCUCUGAGGAAUGUAAGAAUUGCCAUGUGGGAUCAGACCUGUGUCUCUGACUGACAAUGAGAGACUUACUGUGGAUGAUUAUAAUUAUCUUUUCUGGUAAACUCUCAGAAGGUUAGAGAAGCAGCCAUAAUAUUGCUUUUGAGUUCCAAGGUGUGGGAGGGGUAAGAAGUAAAAUACGAGUUCUUAUUGAGGAAAGUAUUAAUCAAGAAGUUAGUCAACCACUUAUUCAGAGUAUUGUAGAAAGAGGACUCAACCUUAGGGUAGAAGGUUGAACUAGAAGCAUCCUUCUAAUUUUGCUUUUCUAACCCAUUAAUUUACCUGUGCUGUUAAUUUUAACAUUUAAACCACUUUUUUGAAAUAAUAAAUUAUCUACAAUUGUUAUAUGCUAAAGUAUUAUAUCUUUUAAAUUCAUUGAAUAUGUAAUAGGAUAGUACUUUACAACAAAUAAGUGUCUGACAAAUGUUAGCUGUGAUUAUUUCAGUUCAUCUUACAUUUUUAUAGUUCAAACUUUAAAGAUAUCGAUCAGUUCACUUAUUCUAGGAUUUGAUGGCAUUUUAAACUUCAUCAUAUCCCUUUUGGCAUUUUUUAGACUCAAAUUUCCUAAUCAUUUAGGUUCUGUUUCUGGCCAGAGUCAGCCAAACUCAUCCAUUGAUUUCCCAUCCCCCCCUCCUCCAGUUUUAAACUUUUAAUUUACAGAAGUUCAGAUUGUAUAUUCUAGUAUCUUGUCAUUACUUUUUUCCUCUACUGUAUGACAAUGUCACAUAUCUCUUUCCCUUCUGUAGUUCCUUAAGAACAGAUACCAUCCCUUUUUAUAUCUAAGGAGCCUAACUGUGUCCGAUGUGAUUUCUCCCCAUCGUUACGGCCAGUUCAAGCUUUCUAAGCAAAUUUAUAUCCCCUAAAUUAAAGAUGUAGAAAGUUCUAGAAGUCUUUUAGGGUAAAGUGAGUCACUGAUUGCAUAAAAAUUUAUUACAUACCUGCUGUGUACCAGAUUUCCUUAGAAAGUUUUAGGUAGGCAGUUUUGUAAAUAGAAGUCUGAUAUUUGAAAAGUAUUGCACUUGUGGCCCUGGGCACUGAGCUAGCAUAGGGAAGCCUGUUAAAAAAAGUAAAGAUAGCUUUUCUCUCCCAGGAUGCAGUCUGGUGAGGAGAGACUGACAGAGUGGGCUGAUGGUUGUGACAGGGAUGCUCCAGGCACUGAGGAGGCAAAAAGACCCUCUCAAAUCUAGUCAAGGAAGUCAACAGAUGGCCUCUCUGAGGAAGUGAUGUUUUAAAUGUCACAAAAGUAUAGCAGUGACUUGCCAGAAAGAACAGAAAAAAAGAAUUCUGGGUAGAGCAAAUAAGUGUGAAGGCUCAGGUGAGGAAAUAUGGCAUGUUUGAGAAUUUGGAAAAAAUGUAAUGGCAGGAGCCCACAAUGUGAGAAGAAGCACUGUGGGAAAUGAGGCCAGCAGGGUGGGCAGGGGACAGAUUUGGUGGGUUUUGUAAGUCAGGGUGUUUGCACCGUAAUAGCAGCAAAGGGAACGCCCUGAAGGGUUUUUUAAGUGGGGGAAAUGGCCUUUAGUUGGAUCAUUUUGUCUGUUAUCUAAUGAGUUGGAGAUCCGGACCAGAGGUUAGGAUACUGAUGAGAAGCAGCUGGAAAAAUCCAGGUAACAGUGUGUUGAUUCAGCAUAUGAUGAUGGCAGCACAGAUGGAGAGUGGAGGAUGGUUAAAAGAGAUGUAUAGGUGAUAAAAUGGCUAGGAUUUACUUGGUGGUUGGUUGAAUUUAGAGGAGUCAAAAAUAGCUCCUUGGUUUCUGGCUUGAGAAAAUGGAUGGAGGGUAGCUCCAUUUAUUGAGGCAGGGAACAUAGGAGCAGGUUUGAGAGGGAACAUGCUUUCAGUUUAAGAUGCCUAAGAUAUUUUAAGAGGUUUUUGGAUAUAGGAGGUGUUGAAUCCAGGAAAAAGUUUGAAUGUGAGAAUCAUAAAGGGCAGGUCUAAGUCAUAUGUGAGGAAUUUUAACUUGGUCAGACACAAACAAAAAUUGAUUGAACUGCUCUAUGUCAGUGCCUGCAGUGAAUACGGCUGCAGGAGACAGGAUUUUUAGAGAAGCAGCACCUGUCUUCACAGUGUGGUCAUGGAGGCAGAUGUAUGUUCAGUUACCCUCUGUACAAGGCACGGUGUUGUUAAACACUAGAGGAGAGCGGCAAGCAAGUAUUGGGGGCCUACAGGAAAGAAAAGGGGGAGGUAGAGGCUUUGUGGAGGACUGAGCUGUGAACUGGGCCUUGAAGGGAGAAGGAGAUGAGGGAGAAAGCAGUUUGGGCCUUACAGAAUAACAAAGGUACAGAAAUCUAUGCAUGUUACAUGUCCAGAAUUCAGUGAGAGAUUGAUGUGGCUGGAUUUUAAGAUUCUUGGGGUAUUAUAGUUACAGAUAAAACUGGAAAAUUUGGGGGGCCAAAUGAGGGAGACUUUGAGUGCUAUGUUAAAUGUGUGUAUUAUAGGCAAACAAUUGCAGUGGCAGAGCUGAAAUGUGGAUUUGGUCAUCUUGAGUACCAAAUACAUAUCCAUUGUGGGUCUAGGCACGGUUCAUUGCAGUCCUAAUCAUCUUCAAGUACUCACGUAUCUCAGUCAACACAGUAUGCUUAUCUAUAUUCUCUUACAUGACCCUCUCCUUCCUUUUCAGCUGUGAAGACUAGCAGCUGCAGAAUAACUUAGGACCCUCUGAGUUUUCAUUAAGAUUGAAAUAAUGCUUUGAGUUACUUUAGAGUCAAAGAUCUUUUGGUACUGGACAGUAGUUUCCCCAACAGCUCUGCAAGUGAAGUGUCAGGCAAGAUCCUAUCUCCAUUCAGUUUGAGGCAAAGAGAUAUUAAGAUGUUCCUGGAGAUCAUACAGUUGGACACAGCAUUUAUUAAACAGCCAUACAAUGCAAAUCAUCUUUCUUUUUCCAGCAACUUAGUUUCAGAACACUUGAUGAAGUGUAAUGGCUGGUUGCAAAGAAAAUAGAUGAUUCUUCCUUUCUAAGCACUUAGGAUGGAACUAGUGAUGUGUUAUAUACCAGCUCUCUAGAAUAAAAAAUACCCUGAUUUGUAUUGCUUGCCAGUUUCUUUGGUGUAUAUACUCCCAGCAUCACUGAUUUCAAGUUACCAACUUGAUGUUGCUAAACCGGGAGAUGCAAAGAGAUGUACACAGUUGGCGUCCCCUAUGACUCAGUGGUAAAGAAUCUACCUGCAGUGCAGAAGAUGCAAGAAAUGCGGGUUCAAUCUCUGGGUUAGGAAGAUCCUCUGGAGUAGGAAAUGGCUACCCACUCCAGUAUUCUUGCCUGGAAAAUUCCACAGACAGAGAAGCUUGGCGGGCUACAGUCCAUGGGGUCGCAGAGUCGGACACAACUGAGCGACUGAGCACGCAGGCACGAGCGCAGUUGGUUCUCAGGAGCUGGUGGAGCUGCCUGCAGCGUACCACUGGGUGAAUCACACAUGCUAAGAAAGUCUCCAGUAGGUAGUGAGUCCAAAGGCAUUUCUGCGGAAAGAUGUCUGCCCCUAUGUCUGCCCCUUCUCACAAUUCCCAUCUUUUUCAGGAGACCAUCAUCUCCAGGAUGCCCUUGGAAUUAAUAGUUACUAUAUUGCUGUUCCUUUCCUAUGGUUGUCAUCUUUUCAAAUAAGACAAAACUACUGGUGCUUCUUAUUUCUGACAGCAUUCCCAGCUAUCUGACUUCAUGUGAAAGAUGGCUAAUGCAGAAGUGAGUGUCCCAGUGGGGGAUGUGGUUGUGGUACCCACUGAAGGAAAUGAAGGGGAGAACCCUGAAGACACUAAAACCCAAGUGAUCUUGCAGUUACAGCCUGUGCAACAAGGGAUUUAUGAAGCUGGAUCUGAGAACAAUACGGCAGUUGUGGCAGUAGAAACUCACACAAUACACAAAAUUGAAGAAGGGAUUGAUGCAAGCACUAUAGAAGCAAAUGAGGAUAUGGAAAUUGCUUACCCCAUAACUUGUGGGGAGAGCAAAGCCAUUCUCCUUUGGAAGAAGUUUGUAUGUCCAGGAAUAAAUGUAAAGUGUGUCAAGUUCAAUGAUCAGUUGAUCAGCCCCAAGCAUUUUGUUCAUCUGGCCGGCAAAUCCACCCUGAAGGACUGGAAGAGAGCUAUUCGUCUGGGUGGAAUCAUGCUCAGGAAAAUGAUGGACUCCGGACAGAUUGAUUUUUACCAACAUGACAAGGUUUGCUCCAAUACUUGCAGAAGCACCAAGUUCGAUCUUCUUAUCAGCAGUGCAAGAGCUCCAGUGCCAGGACAGCAGACAAGUGUGGUGCAGACGCCCACUUCGGCCGAUGGUAGCAUCACACAGAUUGCCAUCUCAGAAGAGAGCAUGGAAGAGGCAGGGCUGGAAUGGAACUCAGCUCUCACUGCUGCUGUCACCAUGGCCACAGAGGAGGGCGUGAAGAAAGACUCAGAGGAAAUUUCAGAGGAUACUUUGAUGUUCUGGAAAGGAAUAGCUGAUGUAGGACUGAUGGAAGAGGUUGUCUGCAAUAUACAGAAGGAAAUAGAGGAGCUACUUAGGGGAGUUCAGCAGCGGCUCAUCCAGGCUCCCUUCCAGGUCACAGAUGCUGCUGUUCUUAACAAUGUAGCACAUACAUUUGGCCUAAUGGACACAGUCAAGAAGGUUUUGGACAAUAGGAAGAACCAAGUAGAACAGGGAGAAGAGCAGUUUCUCUAUACUCUCACAGACUUGGAACGUCAGUUGGAAGAACAGAAGAAGCAAGCCCAGGAUCACAGGCUGAAAUCCCAGACAGUUCAAAAUGUGGUACUGAUGCCUGUGAGCACUCCUAAGCCUCCCAAAAGGCCCCGGCUCCAGCGGCCAGCCUCCACCACGGUCCUGAGCCCUUCUCCUCCUGUCCACCAGCCUCAGUUCACAGUCAUCUCACCCAUCACCAUCACGCCAGUGGGUCAGUCAUUUUCCAUGGGCAAUAUUCCAGUGGCCACCCUCAGCCAGGGCUCCAGUCCUGUGACUGUCCACACACUGCCUUCUGGCCCUCAGCUCUUCCGUUAUGCCACAGUGGUCUCCUCAGCCAAGAGCAGCUCACCAGACACAGUGACCAUCCACCCUUCGUCUAGCUUGGCGCUGCUAAGCUCCACCGCCAUGCAGGAUGGGAGUACCCUGGGCAACAUGACCACCAUGGUGAGCCCUGUGGAGCUGGUGGCCAUGGAGUCUGGCCUAACCUCGGCCAUCCAGGCAGUUGAAAGCACCUCAGAGGAUGGGCAGACCAUCAUUGAGAUUGACCCAGCCCCAGACCCAGAGGCUGAGGAUACUGAGGGCAAAGCAGUCAUUUUGGAGACCGAACUGAGGACUGAGGAGAAAGUCGUGGCUGAGAUGGAAGAACACCAGCAUCAAGUCCACAAUGUGGAGAUUGUGGUCUUAGAGGAUUAACUGGGGGUCUUGGGGCCAGGAGAUAUGUUUUGGUUUGGAAUUUUAAUUAUUUGUUUAUUUUUAUCAUUGUCCCACUCAUUUCCACAUAGGAUCCUUUUUUUUUUAAAAAAACAAGAUCUCAUUGUUGUAACUGAACAUGUCGGGUCCCUUCCAGCCCCUCUCUGAAAAAUGGACAAAAUAAGCUGCCCUUCUGGAAGUUGAGAAUAGGUCAUUCAAUGUCCUAACCGUCUUACACCAAGAGAGGUAUUUUUUUGAGGGGAGGCAUCGAGAUAACCCGAAACCCUCUCCAGAAGUCACUUUCCAGGCUAGUCUCUCUGUGUAUACACAUGGUUUUAGUCUCAUAAAGGUGCAUUGACCAAACCAGGGAACACAGAUCUGACCCUGGAAGGCAACCCACUCACACGUGGAUGCAAAAGUAUCCUUGAUGUUGUAUCCUGGAACAAGCCCUCAGAGGCCAGUGCAAAACCCCCAAACAAAAGUGAGUUGAACUCUGCUUAGAGGGGAAGGUAACAAACUAGCAGAAGCUUAAAAAGGGAAGUGCUUUGGCCAGGAUGGGGCAAGGAAAUUAUCUUACUUCCAGAAGUGCUACUGAUGCCUCUUGCUAUCUCUGAGGGUUACCACCAUGGGUGCCGUUUGGAGGCAAGGCCAGUGUUAAGCGGAAGGGUACAUUUUCACCAAGCAGGUGGCGUCAGGGACCUGCAGCUUGGCAGAGAUAAGAAUCCAGAGAUGUCACAGCUGUGCUUUGGGGCUCAGGCUUACCUUGCAGCCCGCUCUGUCAAAGCACUUACCCUCCUAGUCCAUUCAUUUGCAAACAGUGGUGUGGUGUAUAAAAUCGCUCUGGUCCUUAGACUGUGGCUGUUCUGGGGGUGGGGGUGGGGGUGGGGCUCCAAGGCCAUCAUUUUUAUUGCGUGACUCCAGGAGCAGGAGAGUUCCUCUUCCAGACCAACUGCCCUUUUUUGUGGGGCCCUUUCUUGACUUUGGAACCAAAAGCAGCCACUCCUUUGGUGCUUCCUCUUGUUUUCCCCUCUAUCCUUCAAUGGUUAAUGGCAUCUGUCUCCUGGAUCCCACGCUCUUCAGCUUUUUGGCUGAUUCAGAGAACAGUGACAGGUGGCUGCCUGCCUUCGUCCCCUUUUAGAUUCAUUUAUACCAUUUAUACCACAGAUGUUUCUGUGAGAUACUGAGCUCAUAAAAGACCCUUAGGUUUGGCAGGGAGGACUCAACACCCCAGCCUAUCAAGUAGAUGUCUCCCUCUGAGCGAGCUGGACUCCCUGGGAAAGAAGUGUUGUCUGCAGCAUUAUAUUAUAGGAAAUGUACCAGGAAUGUAAUCAUAAUGUCUUUGGGUGGGGAGGGGGUAUUUUGUUUUGUUCUUUUUUUAAUGUUUUUGUAUAUUUGGAGCUGGGCCCAUUUUCUGUGCUGUGAUUCUUUCUCUUUGACCAUCUUCAGUGUUUGGGGCAAGAGUGGACCCUGGUUUUUAUUUCUAAAGAAUGCAUUGUUUACUGCACUAGGAAAAAUGUAGGGAAGCUGCAGACCAUUUAAAGGAAAAGUAGGUCAAAAAAGAAAGCACACAUCUUAGGAGUGGGAGGUCUUUUUUUUUUUUUUUUUUUUAAUUAAAAACAAAACUUUGACCUGUAGUUUCCUUAUUUUUUUUGAAGGCACCCACCUGAAGCCAUGUUUCUUCCAACGGAUGUUGGAAACCCUGUUGUUAAGCAAGUGAAAACUGCGUUCUGCCAUCCCUCCGAUAGCUCUGUAUAGCUAGAGAAGCCCUUUAACUUGGAAGGGUCAAUCUUAAAAGGCUUAAGGGUGAAAUUUCUGAAUCCCAUGCAGUUGUGGUUUUCAGCUUUAAGAUUGUCUGGGGUUUUGUUUUUUCUUUUCAGAAUAGUCAAUAGACAUAGCAAUCAAUUUGGAACAAAGCUUUGGCCCUUAAUAUAUCUUUAGUGAGGGAAAUGACUUUUAUUUCUUGCUUCUUUAGAUUUUCUGUUGGUACAUAAAAACAAAAUUUCUGCCUAAGUCUAAAACUACUGCUUGAACCUAGAAAGGCACAUGUCAUUCCUAUUGUGGUUUUUAAGGACACUUUGCUCUUUCCCAGAGACAACAGGCUUAACUCUGUUGAGGAGGAGCCUUAGAGAACACCUACACGCUAGCUCAGGUUCCUUUCUUUCUUGUUUCAGAGAUGCUGGUACUGUUUUAAAGUAGUGUGAGGAUCGUGCUUCCUAAGUCAAAAGAUCGCCUCCUCAAGACAGAGCCUGUUUGUUUUCACUCUGAAUAUUCCACCUGGUGGAAAUACAUGAGCUUUGUUGUUUUCCUGGUCUUCCAAUAGCCUGUCAUUAUUGCUCAAUGCUAUGCACCCGUUGUUGAGUGUGGGUUUCCUCAUAGCCCUGGUCUAAAUGAGCUCAGAUGGGGUGAGACGCAUGCAAGCCGCUGGUAUGUGCACAAGCCGUUGCAAUGAACCGUUCCUCAGGCUGAGCUUUCAGUAGCCAUCCAUCUUUCUGUUCACUAAGUAAAUGUAAGUGUCACCUAUGUGCCAGGCUUUGUGCUCGGCACUCCCAGUACAGAGAUGAAGGCUCGCUCAGUCCAUGCACUCAAGGGACUCAUUCUCCAGAGACUGUCUGGAGUUAAGAACUAUGUUUCAAUAUAAUUGGUUUCCUCUGUAACCUUAUGUAUUUUAUUUCAUGCAUUGAUAAAUAUUGUUCCGAGAGCUGGUCCAUAGAUUUCAGAAGGCUACCAAAGGUACAAAAUGGUUAAGCCUUUCUCUACGGAGAUACUGAAACUCAUCAUCCAAUGGGAUAAGUGCAGUGACAGAGCUAUUGGCUGGGAGAAGAGAGAACAAAGGGUCAAGCAUCUAACCCAGCUUGGAGGCAGAGAUCAGUAAAUAAUGGGAGUACUUCCUGGAGAAGAUGUAUACCUAACCUGAUUUAGGAGAGACCAUUUUUGGCUACUUUUUUGCAUUCCAUUUUCAAGUUGUUGGACUUAGGUAUACAAGAAGGGGGAGGGGGGGGAAUCUGCUGUCUUGUUGCUUCUGCCUCCAGAGCAAGGCAGAGUCAGCAGCUCAGACAGUCUCUUCUGAGAGCACUCCACUGGAAAAAGCCCAGUCAUUCAUCAGCUUCUCAGAGUUUCCAGCAGAUGAAUCCAGUACAGGACUGGACUUCAGCUGGUAGAAGGUAAAUGUCCCAAACAUUCCUGCCAUGUGGUUUUCACAAAGGGCUCAGAAGCAACUGUUCAGCUGUCUUACCUUGGCCAUGCCCCUGCCUGUUCUCUUCCCCUUUUCAAUUUCCAGGCUCCGUCCCUGUCCCCUCCCCCGAUUAAAACUCCCUGCCAUUCCGAAGUUAAAAAGGAACAAUAGACUUGAAUAUUUAAGAUUUC